CACGCAGCUUCCCUAUCUCACACACUCACACAGACACACAAACACAGAGCACCCCUGUUUACAAGGCAGGAGUCUGAUUGUCAAAUAUUAGCAUCAUUAUGUCAGGUCAAAGUGAACCCACCAGCAUGGAGGACAAACUACUGCAAACACCUGAACAGGAACAUGGCUUAGUAAGACUAAGACAGUUUUCACCAGGCCAUGUACGUAAACUGGGGUUGACAAGGAAAUUGCGUGACCGGAGGGAUUUAAAGGAAGACGAGAACCCAGAAGAGAAAGCACGAAGACACAAGGAACAGGAGCUGAAGCCUCUGUAUAAGGAGCUGUUGUACACCAUCACCCAUAAGAUGGGUAAAGCAUCGUCAGAUGAGGUCUUCACAGAUAGCCAGCUUCACGAAUACGUCAAGGAGGCUUUCACUAUGACAGAGGCAGAGCACGGCAAUCUGAAGGACAAAGUACAGAGUGCAGAGCCCCCAGUGUACUGCCUGAUGGCCACUGUAAAGGAAGCAAAGGGAAUCCUGGGAAAAGAUGUCAGCGGUUUUAGUGACCCCUACUGCCUGCUCACCAUACUGGAGGAUGAACAAGAGAACCGGACACGUCAGUCCAGAGCCAAACCCUGUAAAUCGGUUGUAAAGGACGCUACGUCGGGUGACAAGAUUUACCAGACUGACAUAAAGAAGCAGACCCUGAACCCCAUCUGGAACCAAACCUUCAUACUAGAGUUUGAAGACGUCGUUGGCGCCAACUUCCACCUCGAGAUGUGGGAUAAGGAUGAAGAGGUGUCACUCUCUCAGAAACUAGAGGACAUCAAAUCCAAUUUUAACAGUUUAAGAAGGAUGAUCAAGGAGGCCAAAAAAGAGAAAGGCACGGAUGACUUUUUGGGAAACAUUGUCCUUAAACUACAGGAUCUCCACUGUACUGAAGAUAGCUGGUACAACCUGCAGCCCAGAACAGAGACGUAUCCUGAUCGUGGCCAGUGCCACCUGAAUCUAAAGUUCAUCCAUAAAGCGAGAGACGGGACGCUGAGUGCUGGUCGUAGCGCUUACAUCAACUACUGUGGGAUCCUGCAGCAGUUUGUGCAAGCUUACAUCUCCAAGCAACAGAGUUCUGCUCCAUGGAAAGGGGCGCUAUGUGGGGAGGCUCAGACUCUACUCGAGCUUUAUGCCACGCAGAACGACCUCUCCCCUUUUCUUCAGGACCUGGCGAAGUGGGUAGCUUACAGUAAGCUGUAUCAGAGCCUGGAGGUGGACUCGUCUGUGCUGUUCCAGCAGCUCACCAGCGUAGAGUACCACUGGCAUCAGCAGCAGCUGCCCUACCAGCAGAAACAGGAACUCGGAGACUCUCUUCAUGGUUUCCUGCAGUACGGCCUGUGUCUGGUAGCCAAAUACAGGGACAUCUUCCCCCCAACUCCGAGUGCUACUCCGAAACUACACACACUGCUCAGAAUCUUGGUCCAGAUCUGUAAGACUCAGGCUUUUCAGAAACUGAACCCAGCUCAUUUUGAGUUGCAUGAUGAGGUCAGCGAUGCCGUACAGACAGGCACUCAGGAGUGGUUUACCAUCAAAAGGGGUUUGCAUCAGCCAAUGACCAAGGACCUGUUAGAGAUUGUGAAUGCCCUCUCCAGACUGAUCGGGGAGGUGCAGGAAGACAUUAAACAUAACAAAGACGUCUGGAACCGGGUAUUUGUAAGUGCCGUGCAAGUGGACGUGUUCACUGUCAUCUAUCAGAGGUUUGACUCCCUGCUGGCAAAUGAGGUGAAGGAGACCUUAUCGCUGAUGGAGGGCCAGAUGGAGCAGCCUCUCGCCAACAGCCUGUUCCCCGUCUACCUGUGCCUGCAGGCCAUCCACAAAGAUAAGGCUUUCUUGCAGAAGAGGGGAUUGCUCGAGCUGACAAACUUCCACGAGGGCUUCAGAGAGGCUCUGCCUUACUGGCUCAACCAGGCUUUCAGCAAAACCCAAGACAGGGUGGAGCGGGCUGUGCAGGUGGACCAGCUCCAGCCCCUGCAGUCUGGCUCAGUGCCGAUAAAACACAGUUCCUCAGCAGUGGACCUGGUGGCGUGCAUCCAGCCUAUCUGUCAGCUGUCGGAGCAGCUGUCCUGGCCCGACCCCGAGGAGGCCUUCAUGCUCAUGGUCAAGCUCACUGAGGAUGUGUGUAGGAUUGUGGUGAACUACUGUCACAUCCUGAAGGAGAGGGUCCGGGUGCUGUCUGAGAACUCGGACCACGGCAGUGCCAUAAAUAUGCUGUGCGUGGUGGUGAACGACCUGGAGCACUUGAGGUCAGUCCUGACCAGACUUCCCACACAGCUGAACUGGGCGGGGCUUCGAGAAAGGACCCACAAUGUCAUCGGGGAGAGCCAGUUCCACAACACGUUGCCCUCGCAGCUUCAGCAGGCCCAGAGCAUCCUCAGCCGAGAGAUCCGCUCUGCUUUAGACACCCUUGGGAAAAAGCUGAAUACAGAUAUUGAGACUCAUGUUCGAAACAUGUCAACCAGGCAGCGGAUUCCCUCCAAGUCCAAAGAGGAUGCUGCUACCCCUCUGAUGCGCUACCUGGAGCAAGAGCUGCACUACAUGAAUGAAAACCUGGUUCAAGAGAACUUCAACAGUCUCCUGACCCCUUUGUGGAAUAACUCUGUGAAGAUCCUCUACCAGGUGGCUACUCAGCAUCCACAACAGGAAGGGCUCAUGGUGUUCUGCCAGAGACUGCUGUAUACUCUGCAGUGCCUAGAGCAGUGCUUCCAUGCGGAGGGAAAUGGACUUCCUCUGAAAGCACUUCACUCCGAUGAGUACAAGACUCUCAGAGCUCACCUGACUCACAACUCCCUGAGCAGCCAGGAGCUUGUGCAGCAGUUCCUGGAUAGGAAAAUAAAGGAGCAGAACGUGUACAGUGGAGAGAAAUAUGGCGCGGUCACCCUCCUCACCUCGUACAGGUGGUCGGACCAGAGACUUAGAGUUGAGGUGCUGAACGCAGUCAACCUCGUACCAAUGGACACCAAUGGUUUUAGCGAUCCAUUUGUGCAGCUGUGUCUGGAGCCUCGCCACAUCUUUCCUGAGGUAGAACCUCGCUGCACUCAUAUCAAAAGCUGUGACCUCAAUCCUCUUUUUGAUGAGGCCUUUGAAUUUCUCCUUUGUCUCCACUCUUCCUCUCCUUUACAUUGUAGUCUGGUUUCCCUGGAUCAGUGCCAGGCUCCGGGGGCCUGCCUGGUGGUAACCGUUCUGGACCACGACACCUUGAAGACGGAUGACUUUGAAGGCGAGGCCUUCCUCGGACUCAAGGCCAUACCAGGAGUUGGUGGAGGAAGGGAAGGAAAUGGACUCAGCUCAAAGCCGGACAGCCCCCCUGCUCAGAUACGCCUGCCUCUGAUGCAUCCUAAACCAAAUGAGGACAGCAUUCUGAGGCUGUUGGAGUCCAGGAAAGGGGAACGGGAUGCUCAGGCCUUCGUGAAGAAGCGAAGACAGAGAGAGAAAAAGUCCCAGGAAGGGAUUUGACAGCAAUAAAUAUUGACGAGCUCUUCCUCCAAAAAUAUACAAUUUGUUUUAAUGAUCUGUACCAAAAACAAAAAAAGAAAAUCCACUCAGAUGGAAACACUGGUGUUGGAUAAGUUGUGUGUGGACAGUAUGCCGAGUAUGGGUUAUUACCAGAGACCAUCACAGUGAUCACGAACAUGUUCACACCUGCAUUCAAACCUUAGACAUCCUUUACAGAUCUGUUUGCUUCCUGAUGGUUAGUCUAAUCAGUGCAAAAGACAAGUAUGACAUCACUUAACUAUGGGUAUGUGUGUAUGUGU